AGCCCAGAUCCGUCCAUGCGCCUCCCGCUCCUCCUCCUGCUGAUGCUCGCGGCCGCGGCGUCGGCGCCGGCGGCCGCGGCGACGCUCUCGGCUAGGAUGGUGCACCGGCUCUCCGACGAGGCGCGGCUGGCGGCGGGGGCGCGCGGGGGGCUGUGGCCGCGGCGCGGGAGCGGGGGCUACUACCGGGCGCUCGUGCGGAACGACCUCCAGCGGCGGCUCGGCGCCAAGCACCAGCUCCUCUCCAUCUCCCAAGGCGGCGGCAUCUUCUCGGGCGGCAACGACUUGGGCUGGUUGUAUUACACAUGGGUGGAAGUUGGGACGCCGAACACUUCCUUUCUGGUCGCAUUGGAUACUGGAAGCGAUUUGUUCUGGGUACCCUGUGACUGUAUCGAGUGUGCUCCACUGUCUGGCUACCGUGGGAGCUUGGAUAGAGAUAUGGGGAUUUACAAACCAGCUGAAUCAAAGACGAGUCGGCAUCUGCCCUGCAGCCAUGAGCUUUGCUCAUUAGGUUCAGGCUGUGCAGCCGCAAAGCAGCCUUGCCCAUACAAUAUCGAGUAUUUUCAAGAAAAUACAACCAGCUCGGGUUUGCUAAUUGAAGAUACUCUGCACUUGGAUUCCAGGGAGAGCCAUGUACCAGUGAAGGCUUCAGUCAUUAUAGGUUGUGGUAGGAAGCAAAGUGGCAGCUAUUUGGAUGGCAUUGCACCAGAUGGACUUCUUGGCCUUGGGAUGGCAGAUAUCUCAGUUCCCAGCUUCCUUGCAAGAGCUGGAUUAGUUCGGAAUUCCUUUUCGAUGUGUUUUAAGGAAGAUUCUGGAAGAAUUUUCUUCGGUGAUCAAGGAGUGCCUACCCAACAGUCGACACCGUUUGUUCCUUUAAAUGGAAAAUUUCAAACCUAUGCUGUUAAUGUCGACAAAUCUUGUGUUGGCCAUAAAUGUUUUGAGAGUACUAGCUUCCAGGCCUUAGUUGAUAGUGGAACAUCAUUUACAGCUCUUCCUCUAGAUGUUUACAAGGCUGUCGCUAUCGAGUUUGACAAACAAGUUAAAGCCUCGAGAAUAACCCAUGAAGAUGAUUCUUUUGAAUAUUGCUACAGUGUCAGUUCUCUGGAGAUGCCUGAUGUGCCAACUGUAACUCUGACUCUUGCUGCAAACAAGACUUUUCAGGCCAUUAAUCCUACAGUUUCACACAGUGACAAAGAGGGAACAAUUACUGUCUUUUGUUUAGCUAUACAACCGUCACCAGAACCUAUUGGAAUUAUUGGACAGAACUUCUUGGUGGGGUACCACGUUGUUUUUGACAGAGAAAACAUGAACCUGGGCUGGUAUCGUUCUGAAUGCCAUGAUCUUGACAACAGCACGACAGUACCCUUGGGCCCGUCGCAGCACAACAGCCCGCAGGAUCCGCUGCCGUCGAACGAGCAGCAGACAUCUCCCACCGGGACGCCUGCAGUUGCUGGGAAGCCGCCAGUCUCUAGCGCGCCAUGGAAUCUACACAUGCUACUCGCCAACUCCUACUUGCUGCUGUUACUGACUAUGUACACCGUGUUCUUCAUCUCAUGAAUCACUAAGUGAUAGAAAACCAAUCUGAUAGCCCCUGUAAAUUGUAUGUGCCUCAGUCUCCUCGUAUAUGGCCUGUUUUUGGUUGCUCUGGAGAGAUUAACAUAGAUCAGUUCUAGUUUUCUA